CUCUCGGGAGCUUUUUCACCAUCAAGCAGCUGCACAGUAUCAAUCUGAGAAGAGCGCAUCAUAUAUCUUCCACAGACUCACAACAGAGACAGUCCUGCAAGACUUAACACCAACUAGCCACCCAUGGACCGUUCUCACCGCCCAGCACCCUCUAAUUGCACAUUAUUAGGACUUAAAAUGAAAUAGAGCAAGCACGUUGCACGCAUAAACAGACUGUAUUGGAUUCAGUCAGUUUUGAAACUUUUCCCCUCUCCGUUUUUUUAUUUUUAUUUUUUUCUUUUUUCUUUUUAAACGAUUCUGAUCUUCAUUUGCGACCCAUGGAUGCGGUUGCUGCCAUGAUGCCAGGGAACCAACCGAUUCACCAGAAAAAGAUCACGGCUCGGAGGAAAAAGAGAAAGGAGUUGUUUUUGGGACAGAUCUGCUUCACUGGCUUUUUGCUACUGGUUGUAUCGUGUUUUUCAUUCCUAGCUGAUAAAUCAGGUUAUGAUAUAUUAAGCUACACUACUGAAGACAAUGGCAGGUGGAGCAGCCGGCGACUGAUGCAGGAAGCCGACAGGAACGAAACGGAGGAAGAGCAAUUGACACCCCACCUGUUUAAAAACUGCACUGAGCCUGCUCUUCACGAAUUCCCUACUGAUGUUUUCUCAAUCAAGCAAAGGAAAGAAGGAGCAGUGGCGCUGCAUGUGAUUUGCGCUAUGUACAUGUUUUAUGCCCUGGCUAUCGUCUGUGAUGACUACUUUGUGCCCUCCUUGGAGAAGAUUUCUGAACGUUUGCAGCUCAGUGAAGAUGUUGCCGGAGCUACAUUCAUGGCAGCUGGAAGCUCAGCUCCUGAACUGUUUACCUCAGUUAUUGGAGUGUUCAUCACCAAGGGAGACGUGGGCGUUGGGACCAUUGUUGGGUCUGCAGUAUUCAAUAUCCUCUGCAUCAUUGGAGUCUGUGGGAUCUUUGCCGGGCAGGCUGUUCAUUUGUCCUGCUGGACCCUUCUUCGGGACUCAUCUUACUAUACUCUGUCAGUUGUGGCUCUUAUUGUGUUUAUUCAUGAUGAGAAAGUGUCCUGGUGGGAAUCAUUGGUGCUUGUCCUUAUGUACCUGGUGUACAUAGUGAUCAUGAAGUUCAACUACAGGGCGCUGCGUUAUUUUGAUCGCAGGAAGAAGAGUACAAUAAACAUGACCAAUGGGACGACGAGCAACACGGAAAUAGACAGCAAUUGUGAGGCCACUGUGGUGUUACUCAAGAAAGCAAAUUUCCAUCGCAAGGCCUCGGUCCUGAUGGUGGAUGAGCUGCUGUCCGCCUACCCUCACCAGCUCACUUUCUCCGAUGCCAGCCUCAGGAUCAUGAUCACCAGCCACUUUCCCCCCAGAACCAGGCUCACCAUGGCCAGCCGCAUGCUCAUCACUGAGAGGCAGAGGCUGAUAAACAACAAGUCCUUCACCAAUGGUGAUUCGGAGGUGGCCAUCAGGAUAUCCAACAAGCACAGGAUCGAGAACGGCCUGGGCGCCUCCUCCGAGAAGGGCAUGAACGGACAUCAUGGCGAGGAGGAUGGGAUCGAAGCAGAGAACGAGACGGAGAACGAAAACGAGGACAACGAGAACAAUGAGAAUGACGAGGAGGAAGAGGAAGAAGAUGAUGACAAUCAAGGACCCCUGGUGCCCUUUGAACUGCCAGUAGGGGCAUUUGAUAAGGUCAAGUGGCUUGUUGGUUGGCCACUGAGUCUUCUGUUGUAUUUCACUGUCCCAAAUUGUGCCAACCCCCGCUGGGAGAAAUGGUUCAUGGUCACCUUCGCAACAUCUACCAUGUGGAUCGCAGGCUUCUCCUACAUCAUGGUCUGGAUGGUAACAGUUAUCGGAUACACACUGGGAAUUCCUGAUGUGAUCAUGGGCAUCACAUUCCUUGCAGCUGGAACCAGUGUACCAGACUGUAUGGCCAGCCUCAUUGUGGCACGACAAGGUAUGGGGGACAUGGCAGUCUCAAACUCCAUCGGCAGCAAUGUGUUUGAUAUCUUAAUAGGGCUGGGACUUCCUUGGGCACUGCAAACCCUGGUCAUCGAUUAUGGUUCAUAUAUUCAUUUGAACAGCAGAGGACUGAUAUUUUCCGUGGGACUGUUGUUAGCUUCAGUUUUUCUCACAGUUGUGGCGGUUCAUUUGAACAAGUGGAAGCUGGAUAAGAAGCUGGGGUGUGGUUGCCUUCUCUUGUACGCUAUCUUCCUGUGUUUCUCCAUCUUGAUCGAGUACAAUGUCUUCACCUUUGUCAACUUGCCAAUGUGCCAGGAGCUCUGAUCCACUUUCAUGGCAGCUUGGAGACACAUAGUGCUGGUUUCUGUUUUUGUUUUCUCUAAUUGUUUUUGUUCUACGGUGCAAUAUGAACACGUUGUGCAUUUCUAUUGGGUACAGAGCAUAAUAUAUGGCGCAGAGAAAGCCACAAAGAAUAUCUUUCAGACUGUUGUAAAAAAAAAAAAAAUUCAAGAAUGAGAAUAAUGCCUGUGUUGAUGUGAAAAUGUAUUUUACAGUUUUUUUGUGAUUCUUGGCCUGACUUUUUCAAUGGGUUGUGGCAACUUCAGUUUUAUUUGCUGCUAGCCAGUGGAGAGCUGAACAGAAGAGAAUGCUGUAAUGGAUUUUUGUUUUUGUUUUUGUUUUUGUUUUUGUUUUUGUUUUUGU